AUGGCAGUGCAUCGCACGGAAGAGUUACAAGAGUGGGUUUGUAGUAUUACAGCUACGUCAAAUGAUCAUGGUGAACAUUUGUCAGUGAUGCUACGUGAUGGUCAAUUAUUGUGUUUACUAGCGAAUCGUGUGGACCCCACGGCGAAUCUCAAGGUGAAUAAGCUGAAUACGGUGUUUCAUUCAAAGAUCAAUAUUCGCCUUUUUCUUGAGUGGUGCAAGAAACAGGGACUUCAUGAUGGAGAUGUAUUUCAGCCUGAUGACUUAUUGGAUGCGGGUGCAGACUUUGCAUCAGUAUUGGGUACACUCUCUAUCCUCUUUGACCGAUUUGGUACGAUUGGAUACACGGGAGAGUUUGAGGAAGAUCCGGUAUCUGAUGUAGAGUCCAUGACGUCCACUGGUAGCUCGCAAGGCGCGUCACCAGUAAAAAACACGAACAGCAACAACAAACUCACCAACUUCAUGAAAGGUCGCCUCAGGGGGGUGGGGGGAAUGAUGUCUCCGCCUGGCUCGCCACCGAUGGAACCGCCGAUGCAGAAGGACACGAGGAGUAAUAGUGGAGGUGUGAACGUGAACCGCCUGAACGCGUUCUUGAACCAAGUGCCAGCAGCGCGUAGUUCGCCACUAACGCAAAAUGAGCACCCACCGGGUCCUUCUACGACGGCACCUAAGCCUAAGGCACGCCCCACUGUAAGGAGGCCACCUUCGCCAAAGCAGCCUCCGAAAUUGCAGCCUUCUAGAACGCAGCCGAUUAGCCGUGACGCCCAGAACAAGCUUGCGGCCUUUGUGAAAUCCAACCCGCCCGCUAUCGAAACAACGUCUGCAUCGACUGGGCCCAACGGCUAUAACCUUUCUCCCGCUGCGGGUGCUGUAUCCACCCCUUCCCCAUCGAAGUCUGCCUUCACCAAAGGUGACGGCAGUCUGAAGCCAGGCAUGCCUGCUCCUGUUUCAUCGAAGACACAUGUUGAUACAGGGUCUGCCAACAAGCUUAGCAACUUUAUGAAGCAACAACCGUCUGCAUCACCGGCCUCUUUGUCGAAGCCUCGCUCUAAGAGCAAGCUAGCAAUUUUUUUGGCGACAACGAAAUCUGUUUCACCAACAUCGGCAGCAUCAUCUGCUGGCCUGUCGACAAACUCGCUGGCUGGAGGCCGACCAAAUUUGAAGCCUGCGUCAGAUGUUCCAGCUGUUUCGACGCCAUUUAAGCCACGUCACAUGAUAAAACGCUCUGCGGGCAGCGGUAAUUAUGUCCGCAAGUAUCAAACGUACUGGGUCCCUCCUAACCGUCGCCGCAGCAAAUUCAGCUUGGAAACGAAGCGAAAAGCAUUCAUGAAGGAACAACUGGAUAUUAAGGAAGAACAGCUUCGUCAGCAGGCUGCAGGUGCUGGAAACAAGCAAAACUUGAUUGUCCCUGGCGUGCAGUGCUACAUUCCUGACAAGGAAGAUGUGUGGCUGCUUUCCGAAAUCGUAGAUUAUAAUGAUCGCAGGAAAGAGGUGACGAUUACGGCAUUCUUGGAUUCAGGUGAUUCUGAGCAGCGCGUUGUGGAUCUAAAGAAUCCGGACGUAAUUCGUGCGGUUGCGGGACCGACAGCAACUGAGGUGGGGUCACUUCCGAUUGCAAUUAUUCACGAUGAACCAGAAGGCGUGGACGACAUGCGUCUGCUCCGAUACUUGAACGAGCCAUCAAUUUUGUUCAACUUGAAGCAGCGCUUUGCGGCGUCGAAGCCGUACACAUACAGCAAUGAUAUUGUGAUAGCAGUGAAUCCAUACAAAUGGGUUGAAAACCUCUACGGAGACGGUUUACACGAACAGUAUUUACGGAAGCCGCGCGACUCGCUCCCUCCUCACGUGUACUCGACAUCAACGGCAGCCUACAACCACAUGAAGACAACCGAGAUGAACCAAAGUAUUCUUGUGAGUGGUGAGUCGGGUGCCGGUAAGACGGAAACAACGAAAAUUGUGAUGAACCAUUUAGCCAGUGUGGCUGGUGGGCGCAAGGACAAGACUAUUGCUAAGGUCAUUGAUGUGAACCCGCUUCUAGAGUCUUUCGGUAAUGCCAAGACAACCCGUAAUGACAACAGUUCGCGUUUUGGUAAAUUCACUCAGCUACAGUUUGAUAACCGUGGUAAGCUGAUCGGUGCAAAGUGCGAGACUUACUUGCUAGAGAAGUCGCGUGUGGUAUCUAUUGCCGAGGGCGAGCGUAAUUAUCACAUAUUCUAUCAGCUUUUGGCUGGCUUGUCUAGUCAAGAACGGAAAGAGUUUGGUCUUGACCCUAGCUGCAAGUACCAGUACGCCGGUUCGCUGGCAGAGAUGCAGAUUCCUGGUCUGGACGAUAGCAAAUGGUUUGUGAGUACACAGAAGUCGCUGUCGACCAUUGGUUUGGACGCAGCCGCUCAAAAGACGCUUUUCAAGAUCCUGGCUGGUGUGCUGCUGCUUGGCGAAGUUUCGUUUGAGAAGUGUGGUGAAGGCGGAUCUCGCAUUUCGAGUAGUUCAGCGCUAUCGCAAGUUGCUAAGAUGUUUGGCCUUCAGGCAACAAGAAUUGAGGAAGCAUUAUGCAACCGUACGGUCAUUACGCGCAACGAUAGCGUGACAGUGCCACUUGCUCCUGUUGAAGCAACGGAGAACCGUGACGCGUUGGCUAAAACCAUUUACUCAAAGAUGUUUGACUGGAUGGUGGUGAAGAUCAACGCUGCUAUCAGUACGGACGAAAGUCGCAUUAAGGGCCAGAUCGGUGUGCUGGAUAUUUUUGGUUUUGAAGACUUUGUACACAACGGGUUUGAGCAAUUCUGUAUCAACUAUGCGAACGAAAAGCUGCAGCAGAAGUUCACAACCGAUGUGUUCAAGACUGUUGAAGACGAAUAUAUCCGCGAAGGCUUACAGUGGGACCAUAUCCAGUACCAGGACAACGUGGGCAUUGUGGAGGUGAUUGAGGGAAAAAUGGGCAUCAUUGCUCUCAUGAACGAUCACCUUCGUCAGCCACGUGAUACUGAAGAGGCUCUUGUGAACAAGAUUCGUACAAACCACCAGACAAAGAAAAACGGCGAUGUGAAUGAGAGCAUUGACUUUCCUAAAGUAAAGCGCACGCAGUUCAUUGUCAACCACUACGCUGGUCCAGUUACGUACGAGACGGUGGGUUUCAUGGAAAAACAUCGUGAUACCCUGCAGACGGAUCUUCUUGAUUUGAUCCAGUUGAGCAGCCUCCCGCUGCUUCCGGAGCUCUUCGAAGAUAGUGAGGUCACGACGGAGAGCGAGAGCGGACGAGGCAAGAAGGCGCCAAAGAGUCUUGGAUCUCAGUUCAAGACAUCGUUGGCGCAGCUAAUGGAUAACAUCAAGACAACCAAUACGCACUACGUUCGCUGUAUUAAGCCGAACUCAAACAAGAGCCCGAUGGAGUUCAACAAGCGCAUGAUUGUGGAGCAGCUGAGAUCAGCUGGUGUGAUUGAAGCUAUUCGUAUCACACGUUCUGGUUAUCCAAGCCGUCUGACCCCGAAGGAACUGGCCACGCGCUAUGCGAUUAUGUUCCCGCCGUCGAUGCAUAGUAAGGACGUUCGUCGCACAUGCAGCGUGUUCAUGACGUCGAUCGGUCGCAAGUCACCGCUGGAGUACCAAAUGGGUAAGACGCUUAUCUACUUCAAGAACGGAGUCAUGGAAGAGCUGGAGGCUAUGAAGUCCGAUUUCAUGUACUACGAAGCGCGCACCAUCCAGCGUAUUGCAUUGGGUUUCUUGGAGCGUCGUCGUCUGCGGAACAAGAUUCGUGCGGCUAUUGUACUGCAGUCUUACGCUCGUAUGUCGCUGGAGUUUAAGGAAUAUCGUUUCCGGCGCGGGGAGAUUAUCAAAAUUCAACGUGGCUGGAAGAGGUACAAGUCUAUUCCAGUUGUGCCUCAGUACAACAAUCCAGUGGACAAUUUUAACGAUGGCGGCCAGUGGGCGGAUGAGCUCAACGAUUCGGAUACGGACGAAGGCUUUGGUGACGACCCUCUUCGAGCAGAACGGGGCAGGUCAGUCGCAGACCGCAUGGAGUCGUUCAAGGUUGCCCACUCAAGUCGUCGAGGCAGUGUGAAGCGUCUCAACGAGCUGUCUGCUCGUGCCAAAAGCUUCAUGAAGACGCGUAGCGGCAGUGGCAGCACAUCGAGCUCAAGUGGUAUUUCUCUCGAGGAUGAAAACUCGAUGCUGAAGAUCGAAAACCGGAACUUGAAAUACGAUUUGGAACUGAUGCGUGAGCAAUGUAUUGAGCUACAGGCCAUCAUUCUCGAGAUCAACAAGAGCCGCAAGAGGUGA